UUCCUUAUGUAUAUUUUAUUUUAUAUUAUAAUUUAAUAAAAUAUUAGCAUGUAAAUAUAUUUUUUAAUGACCAUCCAAUGACGCAAGAACUGCAGAAAGAAUUAAUUUUGCAUUCUAACAAUGACUAUUCAUAUUCUGGAGAGAUUAUUGGCCAGUACAUGAUGGAAUUGCCUGUGUUUGAUAACAAAAAGGUUAACAGUACUCCAAACCAACAGCGCAAGAAAAAAGUUUUAAAACCAAUUCGUGUUCACACAUUAUCAGCCACCAGGCGACGACAAUGCAUAACCAAUUCACCAUAUCAAACAACAUAUACUAAUCACCCUGGAACCCAUUCAAAAACAUCAAAUUUAAAUAAUGUACUCAACGAUGAGCAUACUUUUAGGCUCAAACAAUUAGAAAACAAGCUUGUUGAAGCUCGCAUGAAAAUACAUGAUAUUAUAACAGAAAAUCGUUUAUUAAAGACCUUAGAAAAAAGACAUGAAAAUGCAUUAUCUAUGUACGAAGGUAAACAAGCCAAAUUACCACAAGUGAUUAAAUCUUAUGAAGACGACAUUCGCAUAUUACAAAGUCGAAUACGUCAAAUGAAAAUUUCAUACAAAGAAAUAGAAAACAGAUAUAAAUCACAGAGCACAGAAUUCCUAGUUUUACAGAAACAAUAUAAACAUCUGUUAAAUUUAUCCAAGAAUAAAGAUCUUAGUAAAAGGGAGAAACUCUCUGACCAACUAGAAGAAGCACAACAUACAAUUAAACAACAAGAUAAUAAAAUUCAGAACUUAAUGAAACAAUUAGAACUUCAAAAUAAAACACAUAGACAUCACAUGAAUUCAAAAAAUAUUAAAAUUAAAGAAUUGCAACUUGAAAUAAAACGUUUGAAUAAUGAGGUCCAAAAUCUGGAACCACAUUUAGGUAAAUUAAAUAAUAAAAAUUCUACUGCAAGACAGAUUUUUAGUAAAGGAAUAACUGCAAGUUCAAUAACCAUAACACCUCGUGUUGCCAAACCUGUAUCAACAAUACACGAACAAGAUGAUGGAAUUGAUGAAUCUUUUAACAAAACUAAUAAGUCAAUAUCUCUUAAACCAGAAUCAUUACAUAAAGAAAAUGAAGAUGUUUAUUCAAUCAAAGAUGUUCAAAAAAACUCAAUUAGGCAGAUAAAAAUUAAUACAAACAAAACAAUACCAAGUACAUUGAUAAAUGAUAAACCAUAUUCAUUAAAUAUGUCCAGUAGUGGAACAUGGUUGAAUCGGGGUUCAACCAAAUUAUCAAACGAAAAAAAAUCAGAGUUAUCAAAUAUACCAAGUAAUGAUUUGGAAAAUAACAAUGAAGAAAUAUCUAAUAAACAUUGCCAAAUAACAGAAACAUUGUCUAUGUCUAGAACUCAAAAAGAUUUACUUUUAGCAAAAUUAAAUCAAGUAAGCGAAGAUAACUAUGACUAUGAAAACAAUUACAAAUCAAAAUUAUUAAAACAGUCAGAUAUUAAAAAAUAUUCAUCAUUUGAAUCUAAUGAUUUAAGCAAUGAAUCUUCAAUAAGUGAUUGAUUUUAAGACAAACUAUAUAUAUUGUAUAUUUGAAUGUUCAACAAUAAAUAUUUUAUUUUUUG